AUGGCCAUCGUGAGGGCCAAGGGGAAGCCGACCCUCUUCAUUACCAUCACGUGUAAUCCGAAGUGGCCGGAGAUCGCAAACGCCCUGUUGCCCGGACAGAAGCCCGAGGAUCGACCCGACUUGGUGGCUCGAGUGUUCCACCUCAAGCUCCGCCGCAUCAUCGGGGACCUGACCAAGCAGGCCGUCUUCGGCAAGCCGAGCGCCUUCAUGUGGGUCAUCGAGUUUCAGAAGCGCGGCCUGCCUCACUGUCAUCUCCUGCUCAUCCUGCAGCCGGAGGACCGGCCUCGGACCGGCGCCGAUGCGGACACGAUCGUCUCGGCGGAGCUGCCGGACCCCACCGAAUCGCCGCAGUCGGCCCGUCUGCAGCAGAUUGUCCUCACCAGCAUGGUUCACAACGAGUGCGGCGCUGCUCGGCCGACCGCCACCUGCAUGAAAGACGGUCAGUGCUCCAAACGGUUCCCGAAACCGCUCUCCCACGAGACCAUCUGGCAGGAGGACCGCACGUACCCCCAGUACCGGAGGCGCGGACCCGAGGACGGCGGCCAGCAGGCGGAGCACAAUGGGAGGAUGGUGACGAACCAGUGGGUCGUGCCCUACAAUCCGCUCCUCAGCCUUCGCUACGAGUGUCACAUCAACGUGGAGGUGUGCUCCUCUGUGGACGGAGUUAAGUACAUUUUUAUGUACAUUUACAAGGGCUCCGACCGGCAGAUGGUCCGCGCAGAUCAGCUGAUCGAGGCCGGUCAGGACGAGGUGGCAGCCUUCCGAGACCUCCGCUCCAUUGGUGCGAGCGAAGCAUGCUGGCGGCUGUUCAGCUUCGAGAUGAGCGACCGGUCACCAGCGGUGCUGGCGCUACAGGUUCAUCUCGAAGACCAGCAGCUGAUCUUCUUCCAGCCUGGGGAGGAGCGGCAGGCAGUGGCUGGGGAGCCGCGCCACACGCAGCUGACUGCCUGGAUGACCUACAACCGGGCGUCGGCCGGCGAGGACCCCGAGUGCCUCCGGGUGCUCUACCCGGACUUCCCCCAGAAGUACCGCUGGGACGCCGGCCAGAAGCGGUGGCACCGGCGCCGCAACAUGCAGGCGGCGCCCACCAUCGGCCGGGUGGUGAGUCUCACACCCAGGCACGGGGAUGUAUUCUACCUCCGGGUAUUGCUGCAUCACGUCCCCGGCGCCACGACAUUCGCCGAUCUGCGCACGGUGGACGGCCAGGUGUGCGACACACACCAAGAGGCGUGUCGGCGGCGUGGCCUGCUCCAGGACGACCAGGAGUGGGCGGAGACGCUGGCUGAGGCCGUCCGCACCCAGCGCCCCGGCCAGCUCAGGCAGCUGUUUGUGGUACUGCUUCUAUUUUGCGCGCCGGCCGAUCCCGCAACCCUCCUCCACCGGUUCCAGGCAGCAAUGGGAGAAGACUUCGCCCACCGCCACCCAGAGCUGCCGCCGGAGACGGUGACGGGACUGGUGCUACUGCGCAUCAGCGACUCCCUCCAGCGGGCCGGCAAGACGCUGGAGGACUUCGGCCUGCCGCCCGUGCCAGCUGAACACCAAGCAGCGGCCGCCGCCUUGGAGGGGGCCGAGGAGCUGCGGCGCCUGCCUCCCAUUAUACGGGAGGAGGUCGACUUCGACCGUGCCGACCUUCAGCACACCGUCGACCAGCGGCUGCCAGGCCUACUGCCGGAUCAGCGCCAGGCGGUGGACACGAGCGAGCUCGCCCAGCUGAUCCGGUUAGCGCGCCUCAUCGUGAUGGAUGAGGCUCCGAUGGCGCACCGGCACCACAUCGAGGGCCUCGACCGGACGCUGCGCGACCUGACGGGGUCCGAUCAGCUGUUCGGCGGCAAGGUGGUGGUGCUGGGCGGCGACUUCCGGCAGGUUCUGCCUGUCGUCCGGCACGCCAACCAGGCAGGCAUCGUGGACGCCAGUCUCCGCCGCUCGCCGCUGUGGCGCCACUUCAGAGUGCACCGACUGCGGGAAAACAUGCGCGCCAGGCUGGCGCAGGAGGAGAACCAACAGGCCGAGCUGGAGGAGUUCUCCACCUGGCUGCUGCAGCUCGGCAACGGCGAGCUGCCCACGACGCCGAUGGACGGGUCACCCUGCCGCCGGCGCUGGUGCUGGAAGCCGAGUUGCCGGCCGUCAUCGACUGGACCUUCGGCAACCUGA